UUUCUCGGACACAUAUAAGGCCCCGCCCGCUACCUCGAGUCGCGCGAGUCUGGGAGCAGCAGUCUCACACUGAAUUUAGAACUUUCGCAUCCCAACCAGCAACCUCGAUCUCCCACAAAAUGGCAACUUCUGUCAAGAAUCAGCUGAUUGUGAAUGUCCUAAAGGAAGACCAGGUUCCCCAAAACAAGAUCACUGUUGUUGGGGUUGGUGCAGUUGGCAUGGCAUGUGCCAUCAGUAUCUUAAUGAAGGAUUUGGCUGAUGAACUUGCCCUAGUUGAUGUAAUAGAAGACAAACUAAAGGGAGAGAUGAUGGAUCUCCAACAUGGCAGCCUUUUCCUCAAAACGCCAAAGAUUGUUUCUGGCAAAGACUACAGUGUGACUGCAAACUCCAGGCUGGUUGUUGUUACGGCUGGGGCACGUCAACAGGAGGGAGAAAGUCGUCUUAAUUUGGUCCAGCGCAAUGUGAAUAUCUUUAAAUUCAUCAUUCCCAAUAUUGUUAAAUACAGCCCUCAUUGCAAGCUGCUGAUUGUUUCCAAUCCAGUGGAUAUUUUGACCUAUGUGGCCUGGAAGCUAAGUGGCUUUCCUAAGAACCGUGUUAUUGGGAGUGGCUGCAAUCUGGAUUCUGCCCGUUUUCGUUACCUAAUGGGGGAGAGACUUGGUGUUCAUUCUUCAAGUUGUCAUGGGUGGGUCCUUGGCGAACAUGGAGACUCCAGUGUUCCUGUGUGGAGUGGUGUGAAUGUUGCUGGUGUCUCUCUGAAGAAUCUUUAUCCUGCUUUGGGAACUGAUGCUGAUUCAGAGAAUUGGAAAGAAGUUCAUAAACAGGUGGUUGACAGUGCUUAUGAGGUGAUCAAACUGAAGGGCUAUACUUCCUGGGCCAUUGGCUUGUCUGUGGCUGAUCUGGCAGAAACCAUUAUGAAGAAUCUUAGGAGAGUGCAUCCAAUUUCUACCAUGAUUAAGGGCCUAUAUGGCAUUAAUGAGGAUGUCUUCCUUAGUGUCCCGUGUGUCUUGGGGCAGAAUGGCAUUUCAGAUGUGGUGAAAGUAACCCUGAAUCCGGAGGAAGAAGGCCGUUUGAAGAAGAGUGCGGACACUCUUUGGGGAAUCCAGAAGGAGCUGCAAUUUUAAAGCCUUUUAAUGUGCUGCCAUUUUGCCAUAGAGAACAUGACAGUGGUUAAGGGGUUAUGUAUGAUGUGCUUUUCAAACAGGUCAAAACCUUCCUCUGACUAGUGAUUGAACACCAGAAAUGUAAAACCUGUGAACACACUCUCGUCCCUUCCUAAAGUUAGAAAUGGGGAAUAGUACAGCGUGACUACUAUUUGUUAAACCUUGUUGUCAUUUGUGUAUGAUGCUGGGUAUGACUUGUAUAGUCUUAGUAGCUGGUCUCAAGCAGAUCCAGCGCCCCACAGGUGUAGAACUGCCUGCCUUGUAUGGAAGUGCUACAGGUUCCCCUAGGGCCAGGAGACAACAUUCCUCGAUACAAAACACCAUAUAGUAGUAACACUUUAUUGAUGCAUUGAUUACCUUUGUGCCCCCCUCCAUUAGGGCUCUACAGCAUGGCCCCAUGUAUCACCUUUCCAGAGGACCUGAUUUUGUCUACCUAUAUAUAUAUAUCUAUAUAUAUAUAUAUAUAUAUAUCUCAAUAGUUGUAAAUUUCCAUGUUAUAAAAGAUCUAUAUAUGUGCAACGAUGCAACCAAUUCCUCAAGUGUCAUACUAACCCUAAAUACUGAAUAAACAACAAAUAACUGAUUA